AUGGCCUGGCUAUCCAUUUCCCAUUCCACCUCGGACAUCGUUGUGGUGAUCUCCAAUGGUUCGCUGCAGGAUUUCAUUUCAUCAGCGGAUAGUAAGAACAGUUUCCUUGGUUGGGAAAAGUUGCAUGAUAUUGCCGUAGGCAUAGCCAAAGGAAUUGAAUAUCUUCACCAGGGAUGCGAUCAACGAAUCCUCCAUUUUGAUAUCAAACCCCAUAAUGUUUUGCUAGACCACAACUUCACUCCAAAAAUUUCUGAUUUUGGUUUGGCCAAAUUAUGUUCCAAGGAUCAAAGUAUAGUGUCAAUGACUACAGCUAGAGGCACCAUGGGAUACAUUGCACCUGAAGUGUUCUCUAGGAAUUUCGGAAAUGUGUCUUACAAGUCAGAUGUCUAUAGUUUUGGAAUGUUGUUGCUAGAGAUGGUAGGAGGAAGGAAGAAUAUUGGAUCAAGCGCAAAGGACACAAAUGAAAUUUACUAUCCAGAAUGGAUCUAUAAUCUUCUAGAAGGAGGAGAUGACCUACGAAUCCAUAUUGGAGAUGACGGAGAUG